UUAUCCAGUCCAGGGAGUGAAGCAUUGGUUUCUAUUCAGAAUUCACAAUGUUGCUGGAAAGACAUCUUUGGAUUUGCUAGAGCUAAAGAAAAGAACUGGGUGGUUUGAAGUAGAGGGUGAAAACACCGAUAGUGCAGCCUUCCAUGGAACUUGGAGGAGAAAUGAACUCAGCUCACCUGUGAAGCUCUUGCUCUUCCUGAUAUAAGAAGGUGCUGAGAGUGUGAAGUCCCAAACCAACCUCUUUGUGAGACGCCACUGGAACGUCUUGCCAGUGCCAGGAAACCCCCGUCCCCAAGAAACCCAUUGUACCUCAGAGGCUCCCCCAGCUUUCUGUUUUAGGGUGGUGUUUGCAAUGGCAGCUGCAUCUUCACCAUCUCCUGGACAACCAAGGAGCUGAAGCUGAUGGAUCACGUGCUGUCAGCUGGAGCCGUGAUCCCAGUGACCUCAAGCAGAGGAAAGACUGGGGUUAACCCACCAUGCCUUGCUUGCUGCUUCAGCCAUACAGGUCACAGGUGAUGAGAUUGCUGGAGGAGUUGGACCAUUACUCUUCCCUAACCCAACUCAUGUCCAUCUACCAAGCAAUCAACAGGACCACCUUCAACUGGACAGACAGCCGUGUUACUGAGUGGGAGAAAUUUGCCGAGCUGGCCAAAUAUGAGCCAGAAUCCCAGAAACCAACCAUGAAAGCUCUCCUGAUCGUGGCGUACUCAGUUAUUAUCGUCAUGUCUCUCUUUGGGAACAUGCUGGUGUGCCACGUGGUGCUGAAGAACAAGAGGAUGCACUCAGCCACCAGCCUCUUCAUCGUCAAUCUGGCUGUGUCUGACAUCAUGAUCACCCUGCUCAACACACCUUUCACUCUGGUCCGGUUUGUGAACAGCACAUGGAUCUUUGGGAAGGCCAUGUGCCACAUCAGCCGCUUCGUGCAGUACUGCUCCCUGCACGUCUCCACACUGACCCUGACAGCCAUCGCUCUCGACAGGCACCAGGUCAUCCUGAACCCACUGAAGCAGAGGAUGUCCCUGACGAAGGGAGCGCUGAGCAUCUCUGUUAUCUGGCUGAUGGCAACCUGUUUCUCCCUGCCCCAUGCCAUCUACCAAAAGCUUUUCCAGUAUAACUACAGGGAAGCCACUGUCCGGAGUUUGUGCCUCCCUGAUUUCCCUGAGCCCACAGAGCUGGUAUGGAAGUAUCUGGACCUGUCUACAUUUCUCCUUCUUUACCUCCUGCCUCUGCUGAUCAUCACCGUCACCUACACGCGCCUGGCCAAGAAGCUGUGGCUCCGCAAUGCCAUCGGGGACGUCACCACGCAGCAGUACCUCACCCACCACAGGAACAAGAAGAAGAGCAUCAAGAUGCUGAUGCUGGUAGUGGUGGUCUUUGCGGUCUGCUGGUUCCCUCUCAACUGCUACGUGGUGCUCAUCUCCAGUCUGGGCAUCAAGACAAAGAACUGGCUCUAUUUCACCCUGCACUGGUUUGCCAUGAGCAGCACCUGCUACAACCCCUUCAUCUACUGCUGGCUGAACGAGAGCUUCCGCGCGGAGCUCCGGGCGCUGCUGUGCCUCUGCCAGAAGGCCCCGCGGGCUCAGGACCACGUGCUGCCACCCACAUCCUGCCGGGAGGUGUGGAUGGAGCAGGCCAGGUGCAGGAAGGGAACUGCCUCCCAGAACAUCUGCUCCACCAGGAACCUUCCAACAGCCAACACGGACCUGUGAGCCGUGGGGCUGAGGGGAGUUACCUGGGUGUGUGGGACAUCAAAAGGCACCUCCCUGUCUCUCCUCAGAAGCCAACGUUGCUGCUCUGAUGUUUCACUGAUGAUUUUUGGCUGGUCUCGCUGUAGCCCCUCCUAUUGCUUGGCAUGGAGGGUGCACAGCCUCACCAGCACCCUACCAGUAAAGCCCGUGCUGCAGCUGGCCCAGGGAGCAGGAGUGCAUGCAGGGCACAUGGAGCUCCUCAGACAUAGAAAUAUGCUUUUGGGGAUUCUCAUUUAUUGUUAUCAGAGGUAGUGAACCCAGAUUUCUAUCACUGCUCAUGCUGGCCAGAGUCACUGGCCUGGAACACGUGCCACAACAUGGAGCUUGGCACAGCAUCAGAAACAGAUUGUGUUUGAAGGAAGGACUUGGACAUUCAGACAAACUUCAUCCACAGGGAGUUUCACCAGAUAGUUUACAGCAAAGUCUUCUGACAGAGGUAAAGGUUUCCAACAGCAAUUUUUCCCUCAGAUGCUGCUGUUCCUUCUGCCCCAUCUCUGUACCACAGACAGCAACUGGAACCCAGCCCCGAGUGAGAGGAGCAGGGAUGCACCCCAGGAGCCGUGGCUGCAGCCUCAGAUGGCACGGUGAUCAAGUAAUUUAGUCCAUUGAGAAGUUCUUUGUAUUAUAAAUAUAUUAAUUCAGGAAAUAGAGGUACAAUGGCACUCUACGGAAGGCCACAAAAUAUUUCAUCAGAGCUGUAGCAUUCACUCACUGAAGAAUGGAAUCAUUCUGCCUCAUUACUAGUUGCUGUAAAAGUCUCAUUUAAACAACAGGAGGGCAAAAAAGGACCAGAAGGAAUGUCCUGUGAGGAGCAACUGAGGACUCUGGGGCUGUCUAGUUGGUGCAAACCAGGUGACGAAUUCCAGUAGCCCACAGGAGCUGUAGCUGCUGGGGGCAGGGAUGUUCCUGGUCUGCCCUGGCCAUAGCUGGGCAGAGCUUCUGCCCAGGGAGGAAGGGGGGGCCCUGGUGGCUGGAGAUGAUGAGGACGUACUCCCAGCAGUUCCUGGGGCAUGGUGAGCCAGACCAAACAAUGGAAACCAAGGACUGAUAUUUUUUUACCAUUUAUGCAGUGAGAAGGAAUAGGAAAGAAGGGAGGGGGAGUCCUCUCUUCUGGCCACUUGACCUCAGUUGGGUGCAUCCCUGCACCUCGGGUGUGCAUUGCAGUGCCCAAACCAGGAGUGGCAGCAGCAAUGGGUGUAUACUUGGUCCCUGAGGCACCUCGCUUGGAAGUCACAGUUAUUGAACAUGGGAAUUCAAAGCUGCCUGUGCUGGGUGCCAGUGCUGCCCUCCCUCAGUGUACAGCAGGGUCUGUUUUCAGUCAAAAGACCUCAUUGGGAGUUUUUCUAAAUGUUAAAAUUAUCUCUAAUUAUUGAGUAUCACUUCAUUUAAUUAUUAAGAGAAGUGGUCAUUUGCUUUUUUGCUGUUCCUCACCCCUCAUCAGCUUUUGGUGAGGGGCUCUCAAAGGCCAUGAAUUGUCUUUCAUAUUUCUUAGGUUUGUUUUCCUUCCUUUCUUUCUUUAAAUGACUUCAUAACCUUUUUCUGGAGGAAUCAAACACCUCACUCCAAAGUAGUGGGUCUCUCUUUGCACUCCCUUGACCUGCUGCUAAUCCCUGUAGUUAGCCAUCUCUUGCUGUGAGAAAUAACCUGGCUGAUUUUCCUUGGAUCUGUCAAUCGCAGCAUCUCCUCAUUGCUGAAUUUUUCUCCCCUAAAUGGGCAGGAUGUAAGAGCUGACUGUAUCACAUCUCCCUAAAGGCUCAGCUAUCUGGGCUGAUAAUUAUCAAUGCCUGCAUGAGAUUCAGAGCCUCGCAUGCUUCACCCAAUGCCUCGACACUCCCAUAUCACUUGAGGAUACCCUGACUCCCAGCAGCACCCCUCAGCAGUUCUCCGGCAGACAUAGGAUGCAAAACAUCAAAAAAGCCAUAGCCUGAGUGAUGUUUGGCCAGGGCAAGGGCAGUGCCUGAGGGGCAGGAGGCUGCAUCCCUGAUGGACUGCAGGCGAGCAGAGUGCUUACCGAGACAGGCUCUGGAAAAGGGAGUCUGUGAUAUUCGGCUUUUGCUGAGUCUGAGUCAACUCAGCAGGUAAACAGAUGCUGAGACAUUCCUUAAUCUGUCUCUGUUCCCCCCGCCCACCUUUGGGAAUGGCUUCCUGAGCAGAGGCAGAGGCAGCCUGCUGUCCGAGAUCCCUAGGACCAAGGGAGAGCUUCCAGAGACAGGACCAAGGGAGAGCUCCCCGAAGGGGGACUCCGGCUGCCCCGCGUGUGCUCCCGGCCUCAUCCAGACUGUGCUGGUGGGAGCAGGGUCCUGCCCCGGCCUGGGCAGCAGCAGCAGCACGGUUUGGUCCCUGCAGCCCCGAGGCUGGAGCCGGACAGGAGUGUGGAGUGGGAGGAGAAUCCCCCGGGAAGCCCGAGCCGCGUGGAGAGCCCUCGUCCUGCCUGCGGAGCGAACGCUCGACCCGCGCCCUCGGCGGCUGCGGCGCCUCUCGGCAGGCAAAGCCCCGGGAGGCAGAACCCCGAGGGAGAGUUUGGAGGGCAGAUUAUUGAAACACUGAGUCACUACAAGUCUACUCCAGGGAAGCUAUUUGAGCACACACAAAUCAGUGUGCAAAGAUCCAACGAGACAUGUCUGAGUGAUUAACAGCCCAAAUUUAUUAAGGUUAGCUCAUGCCAAAUGCAGCUGAGUGCCUUCAGCAGAGUUGCUGAUGAAGACGAUAACAGGGAACAUAGUGCAAGGGAUACCUGAAUUCCAGAGACAAAUCCUCUUAUAUAGCCCCAUCACAUAAUGAACAAAGAAACCACAACAUGCCAACUAGAUUAACAAAAAGCAAGCAGAAAAAAACCACAAUGAGUCAGAAAAUUAGCUCAGGAAGGAGAAACAGAAUACAAUUAUCAUCAGUUAGCUCUUCAAGUGAAAAACAGUAUGGAGGGGCUGGCCAAAGCAUGCUGCAGAGAAAAAUGGGAAUGUCCUCUGUUAAAUCCAGCACAAGUCCUGGGAAGUAGGGGUAUAGGUGAGCCAGAGUCAGACCAUCAUUUUGCAUUGAGAAAUAACUUGGCAGCUUGGGUCAUUCAUGGACCAGGUGAGGAAGAGGGAGGAAGGAACCUGGACGUGAGGCACACCCCAAAUUCCCGCGUGGGCGAUGAUGUGCAGCCGCCCUGUGCCCCAGGCAGCAGGAGAGCACCUCCCUCAAGUCAGGGCACACAGCUCUGCCCUCUCACCGACUGCAAAUUCAGCCUGCCUGCCCCCCCAUAGAACCCCCUGCUCUCCACAGAACCCACCUGCACCCCAUAGAACCAGCCUUCUCCCCCCCCCUCAGCCCCCACUGCCUCCCCCUGCCACUCCUCCUGCACUGUGGUGGGCAGAGGAACACUUCUGAUCUCCCAGACUUUGGAUGGAGCCCAGACAGGAAUACCGGCAGGUGAGGGCAGGUUUAGCACCAGGCACAGGGUGCAGUCAGUGCUUGGUUUGAAGACUGUUGGCAUUUCCCAAGUGAUCCCCACCCCAAUUCCAAGGUCUGUUCCUGAACUGCUCUCCCAGGGUGAUGCCUGAAUGCUCCCAGUCCUUGGCUCUUCCCGAUCUAUGCUGAGCAGGUACAUCAGAGGCCAGACCAUGGGUUCUGUUAGGGGAUAGUUUAUGAUACCUAACAAAAAUGAUGGCAGCAAGUUUCAGAGCAGCAGAUUUUGUACCUAUUUUUGAGACAGGAAAAAUAUUUGCUUGUGGCCUCAUCCUGUCUCAGGCAGUUUCCCACAGGAAUUAAGCGAUCAAUUAAUCAAUGGCCUCAACCUUUUGCAGCUUCUUUCUCCUUCCACAGCUUAUUUUGACCUUUUACUGGUAAUACAUGCCAAACAUGGCAGAAUUCAGAAUAUAACAAGUGCCUGAAUCACUUCCAUGAUGGAUUUACCACAGUUCCAUUAGUGGGGACCUGCAGCAGGCUGGGUGGCCCUGGGCUGUUUUGGAUAGUUUCACUUGCUUCUGAACUGUGAUACACUGCUUGGACCUUCCACCUUCAGAUUAAUAAACCGAGUCCCUCCUAAGGACUGGAAAAGAAUCAAGUUUUAGUUUUUACCAUUGUAGUAUUUCCUUCACAAUAUGUUGUCUUUCGUGAACCCCUCUUCACAGGCCAGUUAUUCACCUGCUUGUCUCUAAUUCCUGCCCUGUUCUGAAAUGAAAUGCACCAGUUGCUCGUGCUGACGAACAGUGACUGACACCAAUGGUUCCCACAUGGAGGUGGCCAUGGCUGCAUUCCAAAUAAACUCUCCCAUGCAGUGUCCCUUCCCUCUUUACAUUCACAUUUCUAUGGUAGGAUAUCGAUUUUUUUCCCUUUAUUAAAUUAGAAGGUUCAUUUUAAGAAACCUGAAGCUGACUUGAGCAUAAGGGUACCUCUGUUCUAUUUGAGAGAAUUACAUUAACUUGCCUUCCUUCACCUUCCAUUCAGGGGAAUAUAAGUAUUCUGCUGUCCUGCACAGCUUGCAGGGCAUGAUGUAGGAAUAUUCAUUCUCCAGGAGAACUGUUACGAUUAACAGAGCUAAUAAAGACCAUAAAUAUUUAGCAAUGUAUUCAAACAUCUCACCUAUAAAUGGGAACAGAUUCAUUGCUUGACUUAUUCUCCACUUCUUUGUGAAGCUCAGUUGUCUAAUACUUUGUUUUUCCCUUGUUUCCUCUGAUCACUGUGAAGAAAGGAGAGACUGAGGGGGAAGGUGGGACAAGUGUCCUGUUUUCCUGUCUGUACUGCUGAGCAUUGCUAACACGUUCUCUGCUCCCCCUCCCUGUACAAAGUGGGGGAUAGGAGCCUUUCCUCCAUUUCAUUUUGAUCUGUACUGCUGUGUGUUCACACACACACACGUUCCUGACACCGAGCUGCCGUUUCAAAUGCUUUCCAUGGCACAGGUUCUGCAGGGCUGGAGCACGACCCUGUCGGUGCCCGGGGCAGGGGAUGUGCUUCGGGAGGACCUCUGGGCAGGAGCGGGGUGAGAGCCCGGUGAGCA